GCGGCAGAUAUAGUUCUCUCGCGGAGCACCCCCGCGUCGCUUCGACUCUUCGCCGCGAGAAGCCGCCCUUGAGCGCGACCAACAGCAGCAGCGUGUGUCUGUUGCGGACGGACAGUCGUCGUGUCGUCCGACUUCGCGCCUUUGCGUAUCGCAGCACAAGCACCGACCUCGUCGCCGUAGUCCUGCUGCUUGCUGAGCGCGUUUCGUCGCAGGUUAUACAGUGCGCGACGCGGACGUCCCUAUACGUGCAGUGCAGUACGCUCUCGUGUCGCGGAGAGAGUCGCGAUGCCAGCAGUGUCGUGACACGCCAUAGCGAGCCUCUCAGUCCUCGGUACGCGAGAAGAACGAGUCCACGCAGCUCGAUCGGCGGUGUGAGCUACGAAGCCGUCACGCAAGCGCGAGCGCCUGGUCAACAGCGAGGAGGCCUCCGAAGACGACGUCCCCAGCUCCCUCGGGCUCCUGCAGCCGAGAUAGCAAAGCUCGCGCAGGGGCGAACGGAAGGAAGCGGCUAGGCAGGCACGGUGGUCGCGGUGCUAGUGGUGCCUCGCUACCAGGAGGAGUCUGUCGUGCGGGUCCCGGGUGGGAUCUUGUCCGGAUGUGAUGUGGUGGAGCCCCACGGGGGGCCUCGGUCUGCUGGCGGCGUCGGCGGAGCUGCGGCUGGUGGGUCUGCCGGCGGCGGCCUGGCCCAGGAUGCGCCGACGUACGCGGCUCGGGUCCUCGUGAGGGCCCCGAGCCGGCUGCAGGCGCGCGCCGGCCCCGGCGAGCUGUUCUCCGAGGACGAGGAGCCCGGAUGGAGCGUCGCCGGUGAGCUGCGGCCCGUCCGGGCCUACGCCGGCUCGCGGCGGCCCGGCCUCGCCGACCAGCUGCUCCUCGACUCCGAGGAGGAGGAAUUCGGCCUGCCGCCGCCGAGCAUGUCGCGCUCGCGCGCUGCCGCAGCCGACCCGCGCGACUACCCUCGCGACCUGAGGCGGGAGGAGCUCCACCGCGGCGCCGCCGGGGACAGCGACUACGAGGAGAGGCCCAGCAGGCACCACCAGCAGCACCGGCGCCGCGCGCUCGACGACUACGACUACGACUACGAGCCCGAGGCCAGGCCCGCCAGGACGGCCCCGGCCGCCUCAUCCUCCUCCGCCAUCGCCAACAACCAGGAGAGGUCAGGCGGCGGCGGCGGCGGCGGCGAGAGAUCUGCCGUUGCGUUUCGCGAAGGUCGUGAAGGCCUACAGUUAGCGAACUUGUGCGUGCCGCACAGAUCGACGAUUAUCGGCUCGGCGGAUUCAAACUACUCGCAGCCCAGCUCGGAUCUCUCGCUGGACGAAGAGAAGGAGACCUUGCGCCGCGAGAAGGAGACGCAGGCCCUCAAUCAGCUCGACAAAGCCAGGACGAAACCGGUGGCGUUUGCGGUAAGAACGAACGUCAGCUAUGACGGCUCCAUCGACGACGACUCGCCGGUCCACGGCUCCGCCGUCAGUUUCGAGGUCCGGGAUUUUCUCCACAUCAAGGAAAAGUACGACAACAACUGGUGGAUCGGCAGGCUCGUGAAGGAGGGAUGCGAGGUCGGCUUCAUACCGUCGCCGGUGAAGCUGGAGGCCCUGCGGGUCCAGGCGAGCGCUGCACGCGGUACCAAGGGCCUCUAUACGAGCGCGCGCGGAGGGUCUUCGGGGAACCUUGGUGAGAGCGGUAUGCCCUCACGAGGUUCCACACCGCCCACACCAGGUGACGACAGCGACAGCGUGGGUAACAUCCGUCCGGGCAGAGCGACGCUGACGACCCCUCCAGCCAAGGAGAAACGGAAGAACUUUUUCAAGAAGCCGUCCUACGAAACGGCUACACCUUACGACGUGGUCCCUUCAAUGAGGCCAGUCGUGUUAGUGGGACCAUCUCUGAAAGGCUACGAAGUUACCGACAUGAUGCAGAAGGCGCUUUUUGACUUUUUGAAACAUAGGUUUGAGGGCAGAAUCAUCAUAACGAGGGUAAUGGCAGACAUUUCUUUGGCCAAGAGAUCCUUGCUGAACAAUCCGACCAAGAGAGCAAUCAUGGAGAGGUCGACGAGUAGAAGUAGUUGUUUGGCGGAAGUGCAAGCUGAAAUCGAGAGGAUUUUCGAGCUCGCCAGAACGCUCCAGCUGGUCGUGCUGGACUGCGACACGAUAAACCACCCGUCGCAGCUGGCGAAGACGAGCCUGGCGCCGAUAAUCGUGUACCUGAAGAUCUCCUCGCCGAAGGUCCUGCACAGACUGAUAAAGUCGCGCGGCAAGUCCCAGGCCCGCCACCUGAACGUGCAGAUGGUCGCCGCAGAGAAGCUGUCGCAGUGCCCGCCGGACAUGUUCGACGUGAUCCUCGACGAGAACCAGCUGGACGAGGCCUGCGAGCACGUGAACGAGUACCUCGAGGCUUACUGGCGGGCCACCCAUCCGCCCGUCAUCUCGGCCGUGCCCAGGGUCAUGCCCGCGCCGGACGCGCCGGCCGACGGCCUGGGACCUCGAGUCCCCUCAGCCUCGGGACCACUGGCUGCCACGGGGAUCAUCCGAAAAGAGGGCAGGCUCAACCUAAGUCACGAACCCAACGCUUAAGGAGUCGAAUUGACUUGAUUUUCUUCCGCUGUACUCUUCUUUUGUUUUUUCCACUAUUGACACACCUUGAUUCGCUCGAUCCGAGCCGAGACGAAACAGAAAGAGAAAGCGGAAGCAAAGCAAUGAUUUUAAUUUAGGAGAUUCAUUAAUAUGCCCCGUUCGCAACUCGACGCGUUGUAAGUACGAUCAAACACACGCACACACAUAUAAUACACGCACAUCAGGAUGAGAACUGAAGGUUUCAAACUUGCGAGUUUUUUCUGCAUGGGAUUCCGGAGGUUGAUCCUCGACACAGCCGAUAUUAAUAACUGUUCUUACGAAAUCUCUGUCCCGCGCAGCAGUUUUUUUUCGCGACGAAAUGACGCCUUGAUGAGCGUAAAAGUCGCUGAUUUGAGUUGACUUGCACCCCUUGUCCGCACACACAGUCUAACAGUCUCUCUGGUUUCUCUGGAAGCUACGUUUGUUAUCCAUCAGUGUUGUUGAUUUGUGAUACGCAGCUGAGCCCGACCCUGAUCUCCCCGUACACACACACACACAGGGUGUGUGUGUUUUUUUUUAGAAUAGAAUUAACCAUACGAGAUAGUCGAAACGUUACAUAGUUAGAGGAUGAUUUUUUGCGACGAUUUUUAAAAUUUUUUCGUCGUCUCCACAGCCCAUCCAAAAAUGGCUUUUUCUUUUUUUCUUUUACGACUAACAAACUCUUUCUCUCCCCUUAACCCGCUUGCUUCCGUUUUCUUUGCCAAUCGAUGCUGUCCGUUUUUGCAUGACGAGAAUUUGGUGUGAUUUUCUAUACUUUCCCCCGAUUGAUCAUCCAGCGCUUCGGUGUUGAAUCUAACGCACAGAGCUUGCUCUAUACUGUCUCGCAUGUUCUCUUGGUCUUUCGCUUGGUUUGCAACCAAUCGACGCAGACGUUGCAAAUCGCCGUAAGUCGUAACAUGGGGUUUUACAGUCGUGUGUCGUGCAGAGAAGCGCGGGUGCGUCAAGUCAGGAAAACAGAAUCGAGAGACACAGCUUGACACACGCGUUGAACCACCACCAGAACCCUCCACGUAAAACUGUUCGACUUGUGCACGUGUAAAGUAAACCCGCAUACAUCGAAACCCGUCCGAUGUCGGAACCAGUUGCACGAAACAGUUUGACGAGGUGGCCGAUGGAGAGGAGGAGGAAUAAUAAUACGAGGAUUGUUUCCGAAACAGGUGGCGGCAGCACGUACGGCGGUCACGGAUCGAGGCGCUCGCGACUGGAGAGGACCGACCGAGGCGGCGAGCACUACGAGCGCGAGGAGGAAGAGUCGUACGCGGGCGGAGGCGGACCCGGAGACUACGGGAGCGCGCGCCGCAGACAGCAGGACUCGCGAGCGCUCAACGCUAUUUAGGAGCUGGGGCCCCGGGGCCUGUCGCUACUGCGCUGUCCCCAUCUGCGCACCACCGCCCUCUAGCACAGGGCCACCCAUCACCACCUUCAUAUAUCUACACACACCUCAUCUGCCUCAUCUGACUACACUAUAAUUAUUAUAUACCGUACUCGCUCUUCUAUGCUGUAUGCUCUUUUUCAUCAUCGGAUCAUCGUCAUCGCGUCGUUUCGACGAGAGGGGCGCGACGACCUCUUUUUAUUAUACCACACUCGUACUAUGUUAUAACUUGUGUUCGGUGUACUGUCGGCUCUCAUCUCUCUCUCACGUACGUACAACACACACAAUCGCGACAAGUUCGAACUCAAGCAGCGGAUCAAACGUUCGAGUCAGUGCCAAUAUCUUUCGACAAAUAUUGUACCGGAAAUUAAAGAACCUUAUACUUUUGCCGCAAACGAUCUUGUAACACGGUAUUCUAUUAUUAGUCAAACUAUUAUUAUUCUCGUAUAGGUCAUGCGCUUUACUCUCUGCACUGUCUACACCCAUCAUUCGCGAGACAUCAUCACUAUGUUACUUGUAUACUUUCUUAUAGCAUUAUUAUUAUGAUUACUAUUAUUAUUAUUAUUAUUAUUAUUAGACAAAAAGUGAAAUACAAAACAAAAUGAAAACAGCAUAGCACAAUGUCUUAAUCAUGUAAGCAGAAAUACAAAAAAGUGCGUGAACCAAGAGAAACACUUCAAAAUCGAAACGAGCCCUGGGGCCUUUACUUUUCGAACUGUGUCCUCGCGGGCCCCAAAUAUAUAUUAUAUAAAUAUACGUAUGUAUGAUUCCACUGACAACCUACUACUUUCAAAGUGAUGAUUCUCGGCCAAAGCUGUGGUUUUUGUCGGAUCGGACGGAUUCCUCGAAUCGAUAUGCGAUUAAAAAUAAAAAAAAAAAUUAAUAAAACUAUAGCCAGGCCAUUGCAUUGCGAUGAUGACGAUGGAAGCAAAAGAGAGGAGAAUUGCGAGCUUCUAAACUAACUUUCAAGUUUCUAACGAGCCGCGGAGCUCUUUUUCGCGUAUGCGUUCUAAUCACUUUUGAUGAGAUUUUUGUCCAACAAAUAAUAAAGUACGCGUAGAUUAUUUAAGAAUGAACGACACGGGGAGUAGUCAUAAUUAUUACCUUAUGUGUGGAGAGGCAGAGGGGAAGUGUUGUGCGCGAUGCUUGAUCGACGGGGACAAGGAGUUUGCGAGAGCAACAAGUAUUACGAAUAGUGAAUUUUUUCAUUUUCCAAACUAUCAUUUUUUCGAAGAAGAUAUACGAUAAGACAGAAAAAUGAGAAAAAAAAUGAAUACAUUAAAUUAAAUACGCCAAAGAAUAUACACGAGUCUGCUAUGUUUAUAAAUUUUAAUAUAUAGAGUCUACCGAAACAAAAAAGUCAAACGCAGGUCUCACUUUCACUUUCGUGUAUAUAGUAUGAUAGUAUGGGAAAAUACGCAUAUAUGUACGAAUGUGAGAAGGCCCAGUAACAAAUUAUACCUGAAUAUAAGAUAAAACAAAAGAAUUAAGAAAAAAUCACAAAGUGUAAAGUCAAACGAUACAGAUUCGCUUAGAUAUAUUGCGAUCCGAUAGCGCGAGGUACUGUAAAUACUGUAAGAAAAACUUUAAGGAUAUCGAGGAAACAUAAAACGCCGUUGGUUGUUGCGAGCUGGACGGGAAUGAUUCAAGUUGUUCGUUUUUUUUUUUCGUUUAACCCUACUUGACCUUGCAGUUAUUUUUCGUUGUCUCUAUGUGUGCAGUGGUCCAAUUUCUCACAAGUGUAUUCCUUAAUCUCUAUUAUUUAAUUACGAGUCCUCUCGCUGCAACCGAGGCGUGCCCUUCCUGUAUAAUUACAAUUAAUCAUUGUACGAUUAUAAAAUUAAAUCUUGAAGACAAAAAUAAAACAACUACUGGAAAUUGUCGAAACGGUUUUUUCCAUAUACGCAGGCUUGACACUGCUUUAACGAAAAAAGGUUUCAUAGAGUGUAUAGGAAAACAAUCUGUAUUGUACGCUAAGGAUGUCCAAGAAUCUAGUAACUGUGUGAAUAUAAGCGACUUAAACGUCGAAGAAUUGUUCAGCAAAUUGUUUAUGUACGUCUUUCAGUUAUCGGGACUCAGCACCGAGAGCUCGAGGAUGCGUUAGUUUAUUUAUAUUUUUCAAGACUAAUGUACAAUAUGGGCACCUCUCAAUAUUAACGAUUUGAAUAAGCAGCAAUCUUAGCUAGUUCCUCGUGAUUUUUCCACACCGACAAGAAUUAGUAAUCCAAGAUACUUGGAUAUCGUCUACCGGGUCUCUCGGCUGAGCCUCGACGACACAUGUUUUAAGCGGCGAUUGCGCUGACAUCGUGCUUAAAGUAUAAUGGACAGAGACAAGUGUAUAGAUGUAUAAAGUCGAAAAUGUUGAUUAUGUCACUUAUUGAAAAAAACCUUUUGCACCACUUCUUGUAUGAAACUUCGAUGAUCUUUUGACAAUUUUAAUAUUAAUGAUGUCUUCAGAUACUUUAUUAAUUCCAUGCGUAUAUAAUGAAAAAAGAGGCUCUGAAGUUUUCCAGUUUUUGCUGAAUUUUGAGCGACAUUACAUUAUACUCCGUACACUGCAACGUUUUUUCGCUCGAUUGUGCAUCGCCGUUUAUUUUGUUAUACAUCCUUGUCUGGAUUCGCAUGGAUUUUUACGCGCAUAACGGAGAAAACUCCAGAGUCUUUGCAGCUAAACGAACAGUGCAUGUAUUGUAUGAUUGUAUAUAUUUCCGAGCCCUUAAAAAAUUAUUAAAGAUUUUACUCUCUCCUUGCUAUUUUCAUUAAUUUGUAUUAUCCUAGCAAUUUUUGUUUCUGACCGUUUUUCUAAUGCUCUCGAAUGAUAUAUCUAUAUGUAUAUUACAUACGAAUUGUUUGUUCUCCCUCUUUAACGUUUUACGUUUUCAAUAUUAAAACGGAACCGAUGCUGAUUGAAAUGCAGCAUACAAAAAUCUUGAUGUACAUCUUUAUUAAAGAUUUCUUCCUAAAAGAUGAGAUUUGGUUGAAUCAUUUUCUCCUCGUUGAGAAUGAGCGAGCGUAAGUGAAAAAGAAUAUGUUUACUCAAUAGAAACUAAAAGAAAUUAAUUAAACGAAUGAUGCUGGUACACCGACUCGAAAAAUUUAAUGCGCUAAGAUGUUUUUUGUAACAUUUUGUAAGAAUCUUAAGAGGCGCUCGUAUCGCCGCGUCUUUAAAACUUUUUCGCGCUCGAAUAAACAAAAAUAAAUAUGAUUCUCUCAGAUUCUGUGAGCGUUUACAAAACGUUUUUGGAUUCUUAUAAGGUCACAGCAGAUACAACUGAGCAAAUACUUUUGGAACGACGUUCUCAAGCACGAGACGGGAGAGCCUUUAAACUUUUUGUGAAUCACGAACGAAUCGUUAAUCUUGCAUUGAAAGGAGACUAUAUAAACAAUUAACAGGUAGUUUAGAAAAGCCAGACAGAGUUUAGCGAGACGUAUAAAAAUCAGUAGACAAGGUAAAGAAUUGCAAAUCGGAGAUACCUGCCUUUUGUCGUUUCUAUACUUGUAUAAUUCGAGACAGAGUUAUGUGCAGCGCAAAUUUUCGUCACUACACAUUUGUAUUACGAAACUUAGCAACAAUAGCGAGAUUUAGUCCGAAUUUAACGAAUGCGCGUGUGUUGGCUUUGCUGGUACUGCUGUCCCUUUUGCUCUAACGAUCUUCGAUGUCUACGUAAUCGAUAAAAGUAAAAUCAUUGUUCACUCACCUUAAAUCGAGAAGAUAAAACAUUGAAAGUUUACUAGGGAACAGAAUUGCGAAUUUGUAACCGGAUGCGGGUAAGGGAGUGAAAUAAGCACUAAUAAUUGAAUUUGCAGAGGUAGCAAUCUAUUGUAACGCGCACGCUGGUCCGAUGAGAACUGUUCACAGCGAGAGCGAUUGUCUAUCGCGCAGGACACUAUAGCGGCGCUUUGAUUGAUAGCACAUAUAAUAUGAUAGCACAUGUAAACGAUAAAGAAGUAGAGAAUCGUUCGUUUGUAGAAGAACCUACGAUUUAGUAAACUUCGGCACACACGACACACAUUGUACACGAGCGAAUGAGUGUAAGACACGCGCGGUCAAGGGGCGUAACGAAUUAGAUAUUGUUCGGUGACUUCAGUACUCGCAUACGAACGCGUAAAUUAGAGAAACUCGCGGCCGAGGGGCGAGUGGCGACACUGAAUUGUAAUCGUAUCGGCUGCUCGCUUGUAACUGCAGUUGCACUUCAUGAAAUUUACUUGGCAAUCGCUUCGAGAACUUUUUGCUGGUCUGCGCGACCGAUGGGUAUGCGUCGGUUUGCCGGAACAGUAAAUACUUUCGGUGAGUGAUAAGAGGAGGUCAACCACCAAGCAGACGGCUUGUACUUGAUGCAUGACGAGUGUAUCGCAGUCGACCCCUUAUUAUCCCCGACUUAUUGCGUACAUGCUCGUAUACUGCGAGGCUGAAAAACGCAACAAGUACCGUCCGAGACGGCAAGGAUACACUAAUAGCUCAACGCGGCUCAAGCUUAACUUCUAACAGCUUUUUUAAACUCCUCGAAAGCACGCGAGAGUGAAAAAAUUCGAUUUCUAUGGAUGUAACUUUACCAAAAAUGACGUAGCGAUUAACUAUUUUUGCUGGGUGUCGAUCUUAAAACACACUCGCGAAGACAGAGAGCGAAACGCACGGUGUCCCCGAUUCCUGAAACAUCGAAAAUUCCACACACAGCAGCACAGAUAAAUUCUCAGGGAUAUUUCCUCGAUUUUCACGUUUUUCUGUCUCGAGCCUCCAGAUCACCUGAUUUUCGCGCCGCUUACAUGUAAUGGUGCAGGAUAUCGAUUUUUCACUUUCAAUGUCGCACGCGAUAUCGGCUAGAACCGUUUUAUGAUUUCAGCGCCAAGCGAGGUACGCAUUAAUCAUAAUAUAGAUAUUGUUGCGUGUAUGAUGCUUAUGAAUUUUACUUACUUACGCGAGAUAGUCGCGCAUCGUAUAUAAAGAUAUAAGAAUAUCGUUACAUUAUAGGCUGUAGGGUUGCGUAAUUAUAAUUGUCCUGAUUUUUUCGGCUGGUUCGUUGGAUCAACAUAUUUCUUGUAUGCGCGUCGCUUGUUACAUAAUUAGCGCGCGAUGCUUUUAUUAGCUGUAAUCGGCCAUAUGCUUGUGCGAUUAUUUCUCGUCACGUCGCGCUCUAUUGCGUUAGCCAAGAUUACUGCUACUGGCAGUUGCAUGAAGCACGAGAUGUACGUAUAAUACAAAAGAAAAUUAACGUCGACGUUGGCUGUGUUGAAGCGAAGAACUGUUGAUAUAGGUAUAAGAAUAAAUUGAGAGGCACGGAAAAACUUGUUGUCUGUCGGUGUGUCUGUCUGUUAAAUGCGAUUAAUCCGAGAGAGAGAGAGAGAGAGUAUAAUAACGCGGCGGUAUUCGGUUGUUUCGAUGUUGAGACGAUUAUAUAGGUCUACGCUGUUUUGUUAUCCUUUUGAAUAACCGUAACUCCGAGAGAGCGAGAUAUAUAAUUAUUUACACAUCCCCCUCGGCGAACUUCCGCGACUCGAGUGUGCUGUCCUUUUUCAACGGUAGGUUUCCUCUCCCUCGCGCAUUGAUUACUAAACUUACAUGCCGUUAUAUAACAAAAUAUACGUACGAACGAUCGAGAGCAAACAGAGAAAAUAAAACAACCACACAGAGGUGCAAGUAUGCGAUACCGCGAGUAUAAUUAAAGAGAGAAAAAAAAACAAAGAUAUUUCUAUUACUGUAUACUCCGCAUUAUAUAGACCUUAAAACGAAAAACAAGCACCUAGCUAGAGGAGGAAUCUAAUCAUACUUAAUGUAAAGAUUAUUAUUGUUACGAAUCUCAGUGAUUUUUUCUCCUGUAACGCGAGCUCGCUACUUAUUUCGGCAGUGAGGCGGUGAGGGCCGAGAUCGAAGAAAAAGAGUAGAUUUGAGGCGAAUAACAGUGCGAAUCGUAAAUCCUUUCGAUGAGGUGUAUACAUAUAUAAAAAAAAAAAAAAAGCAUAAAACACGAAUCCGCUAGGCGGUGACAUGUAACAUCGACGUCGGCCCCUCACUCUGCGAACAAGGUCGAGACCGAAUUCCUACACUUGUCGCAUUUGUAAAUAAAAUUUUUAUCAUCACA